AUGCAAGCCAAAACCCUGGGGUUAUAUCGAGCAGUUAAUUUUCGAAAGGCAGCAGCGUACGGGCUCAUCUUCCUUGCCCACCGAAUGUUUAAAUACGGCGAGGCACACUUCCAAUCUCUUUUAGCCGAUCUGAAGGACACGUGGGCGGACUUACCUACCGUCACGAGCGAUAUCCCAUUCCCGUUUAACUUUUUGGAAGCAGACUACGAGCGGAUCAAAGUGGAUAGCGAUGGCGCAGUGGCAGGAACCGAGCUUGUUGCAGAGGCUAAGGAGAGACUGGGCGAUUUGUGGCCUGACAAGGGCUUUAUCGAGCGCGAUCAGUACCGCGAUUGCAAAAUUGCGCUUGACGGAGUAAAGGAUUUGAUAUUGGAGCAAUUAGCUGAAACUGACGAGGAAAGGGCUGAGUACGAGCGUUAUUGGCCGUUUGAUUAA